GGCACAUGUCUCUUUUCCGCAGUCGGCGAGGGCUUCUUCGUUCCGUCUUUUGUUGGUCGCCUAAUAUCUACACAUCAAUAUUUUUCAUGCAUAACGGCCGGAUAUUCCAUCAACUCACCUCCCUCUUCUGCUCUUCUGCACGCGACAGACAACGUCGUCGGUGAGACAGUUCGUACAGGGAACGCCAUGUUCUUCCACGUUGCAUUUGACCUUGCGAGCGCGGCAGUUCAGACAUGCUUUGCCAGCCCUCUUAGUGACAGCAGGCCACUGCUUGAGGAGGUCCUCCAUACUAGCUCCCAAAGUGCUGGAUAGGCGCGCUGGUGAUGUUCAUGAUCACGAAUUGAGAAAGCAAAAGCAACAAGGACUCAUCAUGAUUUUGAUCAAACGAAAAAAGCGGCCUGGGGAAGAGUGGUCUACCCCGUACAACAGCUUCCCCAUCACCACGAGACCUGUCUGGACAUCGUGGAGAGCCCGGAAUGAGGGUCCCCGUUAGACUCACUUUAGUGGUGCAUAGGCAGGGCCGUGCCCGAUUGAUCAGUCAGUCAGUGGUCCAAAGCCUGAGCCAGACCCCAAGCCCCGCGCAAGCUAUUGUCUAUCAAGGCCAAGGGAAACCAUCGAUCGGUUCCGGGGAUCACUAUUAUUACAGUACCAGUAGCUGUGAUGUGUGGCUUUGAGAACGUGUGCUGUUUGUGUCUGACACAGAAAAAGAUCCAAGGACUUGGAGUCGAUGUUGGACUUUAUUACUACUGCUACGGUUCGAGUUGGGUCGCCCGGUCAAUGUCGAAGCCUCCUUACGGUGGAUGCACCAGGUCAGCUUUGCAUUUUAUGGUCGCCAGGAUGACGGACUUGUGCUUUCUUCCCCUGCCAGCAUCGUCGAUGUGGAUGGCGUCAAUGUCCUAAAUCACCGCUGGCGUGUCCGGCCAGUUUGACUUGUGCGAGCGGCAACUAAACCCAAACCCAAUUUUAGGGUCCAAACUUGACUUGAAAGCCGGUAACCAUGCUCAUGUCACUGUCACUGAAGUGGAAGAAGCCGAGCGAGCCGCGGCGAGUAUGAUUGCCGAACGUUUCAGGCAAGGGUCGAGUCGAGUCGAGUCGUGAACCCCAUACUCGGACUUACCCUCUGGCCGGGUCAGCCUUCUCCAGCUGGUCCACUCCUACAUGGCUGACGGGGAUGAAGCUGGCCAACAAACCUCUUGUCCAACGGUAAUCAGCAUGCGAGAGUCCCUCGAUUAUUACAAGUGUGGGCUAUGAUCGUCACUUGUACUGGUUCCUGAGCCAUGCAGUGCAUUCACCACUGCCCAACGGUCUACGACAUUCUCAGACUGACGUGAGAUUGUGCGGUGGCCUUGUUCCAUCAACUGUUUGGGUAGGCUAUCAUACCCCGCCGGGGUAUACCUGUCUCCGCUAUGGAGGCUGACAGUGGAUACGGCAAUACAAAACCCUCCACCGAGGCUCCCCUAAUCCGGGGUUGAUUGACUGUAUCGGGCGUGCCAUCACCGUCGAUCUCGAGAAGGUUUUCUUUUUAACAGGCUACAAUAUACCAAUCUGUCUCUUUCCAAGAAAUAGGACACGGCUUCGACAGGCCUAGAGAGCAACCAAGAGCAAGAAUGCCUUUCCUUGCACAAGAGAGGGUGCCGAUCCCCAACAAGGACAUUUUGUCAUGGACGUUCGACGAGCAACACUAUGAUCAGGACAAGCCGGUCUAUCUCGAUGCUCUCGACCCGUCAAGGUCGAUAUCGUCCCGACAGGCACGAGGAAUCAUCCGAAAGCUCAUCGCCGGCUUUCGUGCUGCCGGCGUCGCCAAGGGGGAUUGUGUCUGCAUCCACUCAUUCAAUGAUAUCUACUAUUCCAUGCUAUUUCUGGGCAUCGUUGGCGCCGGAGGAAUAUUCGCGGGCACAAAUCCAGCAUAUACCCAGUACGAACUGACACACCAUUACAAGACGUCGCAAACCAAAUUCAUCCUCGUCGAGCCGGACUUUCUGCCUGCCGUGCUGGCGAGUGCCCAGGAGUGCGGCAUCCAACCGUCCAACAUCUGGGUUUUUGAUUACACCGACAACCAGAAAGUCCCGUCUGGAUUUUCGUCGUGGAAGACAUUGCUCAACCACGGUGAGGCCGACUGGGUUCGCUUCGACGAUGAACAGACGUCCAAAGCCACGACGGCUGCCCGGUUGUACAGCAGCGGCACGACAGGGCUGCCCAAGGCCGCGGCCAUCACGCAUUACAACCUGGUUGCCCAGCACACUUUGGUCAACGAGACCCAUCCACCGCCUUAUGAGAUCCGCCGACUUCUCUAUCUCCCCAUGUUCCACGCAGCCACCGUCCCCGUCGGCCACACAACACCCCUCCGCUCCGGCCAAGUAACCUACGUGAUGCGGCGAUUCGAACUGGAACCGGUCCUAUCCUCGAUCCACAAGUACUCAAUCACCGACCUGACACUGGUCCCGCCAGUCGUAGUCGCCAUCUUGAAAUUUCCCGGGCGGGAAAAAUACUCAUUGAAAUCGGUAAAGAUGGCCUUUUGCGGCGCCGGCUCGCUGGACAAGGAGACGCAACGCCAGAUGCAAGCUCUUUUGGCCCCUGGGGCCUCACUGACUCAAGUCUGGGGCAUGACCGAGACCAGCUGCGUUGCUUCCAUGUUUUAUUAUCCCGAGCACGACGAUACGGGCAGUGUUGGUCGGAUGAUGCCGAAUUUGGAUGUCAAGCUCAUCGACAACGACGACAACGACAUAACAGCCUACGACGUCCGCGGCGAACUCUGCAUCCGUGGUCCCACCAUUAUUACCAGUUAUCUCGGCAACCCGGAAGCCACUGCUGCAUCGUUCACAAAAGACGGCUUCUUCAAGACCGGCGACAUCAUGUAUUGUGCCGGCGACACCAAGAAAUGGUACAUUGUCGACCGGAAGAAGGAACUCAUCAAAGUCCGCGGGUUUCAAGUCGCUCCGGCUGAGAUCGAGGGUGUGUUGUUGUCGAAUCCAAAUAUUCUGGACGCUGCUGUCAUUGGUGUUAAUCCUGGUCCUGGCAGUGGCGGUACUGCUUCUUCCAAAGACAGUGAUAACGCCGGUAAUUCCAAAGACAUCGAACUGCCUCGCGCCUACGUCGUGCGCAAGCCCGGGCUAACGGAACGCGAUCUCAACGAAGAAGCCGUCAAAGCUUGGUGUAGGGAGCGUUUGGCAAAGUACAAGGAACUCGCGGGUGGAGUCAGGUUCAUCGAUGCCAUACCGAGGAAUACGGCGGGGAAGCCGUUGAAGAGGCUUCUGAGGGAAAGGGCAAAGGCGGAAGAGGAGAAGGAGACUCGUCGCCAAGGGGCAAAGUUGUAGUUGUAGACACUGGCUUGUCUAGAUUGAAUCGGAAAUCAAUAUUGUUAACUGGCACUGCGGAAUGGAUUAUCAUGUCAAUAUCGAAUCGAUGUAGUAGCUAUCCAGUAGUCAAUAAGAGAUGAACUCAA